GGCGGAGAGAGUCCUCGGCAACGUUCGCUUCCAGUUUCCCUCCUACAGGGUUACAGCGGGUGUCGGGAUCCCUUCGCAGAGGGGGAAGGUGGCGACGAUGGACGUGUUCGGCAAGAGGGCGGCGGAGCUACGGUCGUGGCCGGAGCAGACUUCGGACGCUGAUGCAAACGACCAGUGGACGGACGAUGAUGACGCUCCCGUCAGCGGUGACGCGACGGCGGAGCAUGUGUAUUUCACUUACGACGGAGGACCUGACUACAUGGCUCCACACACAUCCGUCAUCACUGACGAUGUGCCGUCCGGUGGUCAGGCCAGUGCCACCGGCAGAGCCGGUGAUCGUCGUCGACGACGACCUCGUGGAGGAGCAGGAACCACUCCGAGGCCUUCGGCAGACGGGCAGACGUUGGGAGGUCAGGAGCAACAGCAAGCCGGAGGGGGAGGAGGAGGAGGAGGAGGUGCUGCGAGGGCGGGAUCGUCGGUUCUCUCCCUCUCAUCAUCAGACUACGGGACCACCCGAGCCUACCAGGUUGAGGACGAGGUCAACAUCGGCAGCGGAGAGACAACGGACACCACCGAUCGAGCACCGCGAGAUGCAGGCCGCGACGAUGGCGGCGAGGAUGAGGACGAGGAGGGGUCCGACCACGGAGGCGGCGACGACGACGACGGCGGCGACGACGGCGGCGACGAUGGCAGCGACGAUGGCAGCGACGGCGGCGGUGACGACGAUGAGGGUAUGCUGGUUUUGGUCGUGAGGGACCCGUCAGUGCCUUCACUACCUCUCACACGGCCCGAGGCCUUCGCGCAGGCUGGUUUUGACGCCGAUGAUUUGACGCGGCUCGAUUCACAUGGCCCUUUCCGCCACACGGGCCGUAGGAGCGGCAAAAGGCGCCCUCCUGGAGGGGCGUAUUCGCCCCCGCCCUACAUCGUGGAUAGCCCUAGAUGGUCAGAUUCGUGGCUCAGCGGCAUUAGAGGGAGGGAGUCCGGGCCGGUUGAUGGCGGGUCGGGCUGUCGCAGUGACGGCGGCGGAUCUGCCGGAUCGAUGCCUCCGCCACCCGCACGGAGCACGAAGGGCGGCGCCGACGCGACUACGGCCCGUGCGCCCGUUGCCGGUUCCCCGCCGUCUGUCGCAGGUGGUGUUGCCGGCGGAUGGGCAGCUCAUCGUCGGGUCUCGGACCGGAUGAGGGCGGAUUACGACGCCGGGAGGGGCGCCUUCGCAGGACGUUUGUCACCACGGUUUUAGGUUGAGGGCAACAACGAGGGUGGCUCCGGACGUCCGAGUCUUCACAUGGUAGGUCGCAUGCUCGGUUUGUCUCGAUC